AUGGGUGAGAAGACGUUUCACAAGGUGAAUUUGACAUUUUCGAGAAUUUCUCCGACUUUUGUCCAUGCUAGAAAUAACUUGUUGCUAAGAAAAAUACUCAUUUCGUUUCGCUUUUAUUGAAAUUUCCUGUAAAAUAAUUUUUCAGGCGUCUUUGAUCCGCGACAAGGCUGGAUAUGUGCCUUCUUUGGUUGAAGCCGUUCAAUUUCAUGGAGUUCGAGUAACGAAGAACGAUGCUCUGCUCAAAGAGGUGAUAAAAGACAACUAGCCCUUAUGACUCAAGCUUAUGAGGAUUUUUAUGAAAUUUUAGAAUUUAAAAUUUCGAUACAUCAAAUUUAAAAUCACUCCCGAUAUCAAGUUCCUCUCUGAUUAUUCUCAUACAGAUCUCCGAACUGUACAAAAGCGCCACACUUGACGAGCUUGUACAGAAAUCUCACCUGGCGGCUAGGCAUUUGCAGGUGAAUUUGAAAGAAAAAUGAUCGAAAAAGAAUUUUAUUUUUAGGAAGUUGGUCUGAUGGACAACGCCGUGGCGCUUAUUGACACUUCUCCGAAGUCCAAGGAAGGAUAUGUCGUCAAUUUUGUUGUCAAGGAGCCCAAGGUACAUAAAAAGUUGAAUGGAAGAGGAUUUAAAAACAGGGCUUUUUAUUUAUUUGAUUCAUGUUUUGAAGAGUCUUGAGAAUGUAAUAAUUGGUAGUAAACUCUCGAGGAUUUUUACUUUAGAAGGCAAAUUCAAAUGAUUAGAACUAAUAACUAAGAAAAGCAGUAUUGGGAAUUUCUUUUUUUAAUUUUGUUAGAAAGUAUAGUCCUAUGCGACUUGCCAUGUGUCUGCGUCUCUCUGUUCUCUCAACGGCGAGGUCAGAGAUAUAUGGAAAUAGCACGUAAACAAAAGAGGGUCUUCGGGAGACUCGGAGGGCGCAGAGAAAUCCAGCCCUUUCAAGUCGCGAAAAACGGACAAGAAAAGUAACCGAUUCCAGUCGUUUACCGCCGGCGUCAAAGCGGGCGUCAGUACGAAUGGCGACGCCGAUAUGUCGAUCAACGCCGGAAAACAAAGUUUCGCCGGUCGUGGCGAGUCUAUCAACACCUCCUACACGUAUACCGUCAAGGUUCCCAACGAUUCUCCUACCAGUCAACGAUUUUUGAUUAAUAGGGCGAUCAUUCCUUCAACAUUUCACUCGCCAAGCCCUUCCUCGGCUGGCAGAAGUACUCCAACGUCUCAUCGACCCUCUAUAGGUGAGAAAUAUUCUGAUGUCUUUCUAGAAAAUUUUUUUCCCAGGUCAAUGGCCUACCUGCCUUGGAAUCAAGCGAACGUUGAUGAGAACGCCCUAGUCUUGCAGUACAAUGGACAGCUCUGGCGUCAGAGGCUUUUGCACUCUGUUAAGCUCAAUACGGUGAGAUUUUUUUUAUCAGGUUCAAAUUGGCAAAAUGAAUAAUGAAAUUACAUAAAAAUUGUAAUCAGAAAAGAUCGGCGUCGGAAAUUUAAUAAAUUCAUGGUAAACCUCAAAAAUUAAGAGUAUUUCCUCAAGUAGGCACUAGAGAGAUGUUCUGACUCUUUGAUUGAUAACUUGUUGGCUUCGACUUUUCCAAAAGCCUGUUUGACACCUGGCGUUUUUUCAGUGUGAUGGGGAAUGAUUUAAUCCAUUCGCCACGACUUUAAGCAUUCUGACCUCUCUGCGCCCUCUUUUCUAUCGCCAGCAAAGUCAAAGGAACGAAAAGCAUGCAAACACGAGAGGGCUGCCAAGAAAAAGAAGGAAGUAGCAAAAUUAAACUAUUCAAAGUUGUGGCGAACUGACUUAUGGUCCUCAAAAUUGGCAGUCCCACGUUUUUCGAAAUUAAAAUUGGCAGCCCCAAAAUUUUCUAGCGAGAAAUUGGCAGUCCCAAAACUUUCAAGCCGAAAAUUGGCAGUCCCAAAACUUUCAAGCCGAAAAUUGGCAGUCCCAAAAUUUUCAAGCUGGAAAAUGGCAGUCCCACAUUUUUCGAAAUCAAAAUUGGCAGUCCCAAUUUAUUCGAGCUCAAAAUUGGCAGUCCCAAAUUUUCCGAUAUAAAAAUUGGCAGUCCCAAAUUUUCCGAUCUAAAAAUUGGCAAUCACACAUUUUUCGAAAUUAAAGUCGGCAGUCCCAAAGUUUUCAAGCGAGAAAUAGGCAGACCCAAUUAAUUCGAGCUCAAAGUAGAUAGUCUAAAAAUACAAAAAACUCACGAAAUCGACGCCAGCUUAGAUUCAAGAUUGUCGAACUUCGUUAUAGCAAUUUUCAUAUAGAAGGAUGAAAAGCAAAUAUUUUACUUUUAGAUUUGGCGGACCCUGAGAGCGACCGACGACUCGGCUUUCGCUGUUCGUGAACACGCCGGCCACACUCUCAAGUUCUCCGUGGAGAAUUCUGUAGCCGCCGAUACCAGAGACAGGCCUAUUUUGGCUUCAAAGGGCAUUUUAGGUAUCAAAAAGCAUGAGUAAUAUUGAUUCAUGAACAUUUUGAUUCCAGCUCGAGUAUCACAAGAAUAUGCUGGAAUUUUUGGCGACGCGUCGUUUUUGAAACAUCAAAUUGAUCUGCAGGUAGUUCAGUGAAGAACAGCUAUGAAUUUACGAAAAAUAGUAUAAAAAAAUAAUAGUGAUUUCAGGCCGCCGCUCCUCUUCCGUUCAAUUUUAUCCUUGCCGCUUCAGUUCAGGCGAAGUCGCUAAAAGCUCUUGGUGAAAAUGAGGUUCCUAACUUCUUGCAGAAGAAAUUUUGAUGAAAUGCGAUAAUUUUCAGGUUCACAUUCUGGAUAGAUGUUAUCUUGGUGGCCAGCAGGACAUCCGAGGAUUCGGUUUGAACACGAUUGGGGUGAGAAUAAUUAAGAAAUAUGCUUUCAUUCUAUUACACUAAGAAUAACUGACGAGAUAAACGCGAGGUCGGUGGCGGUACAUUGACGAGCUCGCAAACAUCUCGCUUUUUUCUAGGCGCGAUCUCGCAUUUCUCUCUGCGCGACCUCGCAUUUUUCUUGGCGCCAUCUCGCAUUUAUCUCGCAUUUCGGAAAUUUUCAAAUUGCGAGAGAAAUGCGAGCUCGCGCCUAGAAAAAUGCGAGCUCGCGCCCAGAAAAAUGCGAGACCGGCGCGAGAAAAAAAGCGAGAUGUUUGCGAGCUCGUCAAUGUACCGCCAGUGUCUCGCGUUUAUCUCGGCAGUUAUUCUUAGUGUACUUUUUAAAAACUCGUUAAAAAGCACUCUAGGAGUUUAUAGUUAAUAUGGUCCAUCUAGUUUAUAAAAUUUUUUUUUUGGAUGAAUGACGCGUCAAAUGAUUUUAAAACUUAUACUGUUAUGGAUAAUUUUGAGGUCCGAGCCGACAACAGUUGUAUCGGCGGAGGAGCCUCGUUGGCGGCGGUAGUCCAUUUGUACCGGCCCCUGUAUCCGCCACAAAUGCUCUUCGCCCAUGCUUUCUUGGCCAGCGGAAGCGUCGCUUCAGUCAGAUCCCGGGACCCGAUUCAGCAGCUUCAGGAUACUCAGCGUGUAUCUGCCGGUCUUGGUCGGUUUUUUUUUUGAAAAAAAUGCGAUUUAAUUGAAAACGUUCCUUGGAGAGGGGGUAUUGGUCACAGGGAAUGAUCGAAAUUACAAGAAGCCUGUAACUCGAGAAUUUUAAAGGCGCUUACGAGAUUCUCUGAAAGGUCCUGACGCGAAUAAAUCCAGAAAAAAAUUAGUUACAAAUUUAAAUAUUUUGAAAACUUGCCAAGUCCGUUAUAAUCGCUUUUUUUCUUGAUUUUUUUCUUUCAGGAGAUUGAAUGAACUUCAAUUUCGAGAUACCACUUUCGAUAAUCAAACAUUUUCUUUGCAGGUCUAACCUUCAUUUUCAAGAACAUUUUCCGACUGGAAUUGAAUUAUACUCACCCGAUGAAGUACGUCGUCGGCGAUUCGAUAUUCCGCGGCUUCCACAUUGGUGCCGGCAUCAAUUUCUUAUAA